UUCUUGCCACGCCGUUAGAUGGCAGCAGCUACGACUAAAUUCUUUUACUCAGUCGGACGUCGGCUGUGACGUCAUAUCCUUAUUUACGGCUGGACGGAAACAUGGCGUUAUUUCCAGCUUUUGCAGAAGUGUCAAACGAACCGAAUAAAGAUUCAUUAAAAGAACCUGACUGGCUAAAGAAUAAAAGUUAUCAGACCAGUGAUGCCCUCGAUCUUCAUAACCGCUUUCUAAAUAAGAACAUAGAGGCACCAAGUGAGACAGAAUCAAGUCUUAGCAGGGAUGAUGAAGAAAACGACUCCCCAAUCAAAAAGAAGAAAAAGAGGGCAGAUAAGAAAAAAAAGAAGAAGAAGAAACACAAAAAGAAAAGUAGCAAAUAUUCAGACAGCAGUGAGUCUGACUCUGAAAUUGUCUUUCCAAGUGAUCUGAAACGAGAGCAGGAAGCUGCCAGCUCCAAAACUGCUAAAAUUGGAAAUAAUUUUUCCUGGUUGGAUGAUCUUCCAUUUCCUACUGUGCAGCCGUUCUGUGUAGAUAAUAAACCAGACCCUGCCAACUGGACAUACAAGUCUUUGUACAGAGGAGACGUUGCAAGGUACAAGCGGAAAGGAAACUCAUCUUUAGGUCUGGACCUUCGCAAGCAGGAGAUCAGCUGGGAGGAAUCAGACUCCUCUAAGAAGCAGAAAGGCAAGGAGAAAAGAAAAUUGGAGGGAAGAUACUACUCUUCAGCAAGUCGCCAACUUCUAAAGGCUGAAAACCCUGUGGCAGCAUUACCUAAAACUCCUGAUUCUAGUGAUGUCCUCAGUGAUAUCACCUUCAUCCCAGUUGAAGAGGACUGGGAUAAAAAGAAAAAGGAGGCUGGAACCAUAUUGCAGCCGUCAUCAACAAACCCCCUUGGUGUUUACGACUCCUCCACGGCCUUGUGGCUUCAAGGAAAAGGAAAGGAGGAGCAAAAGGAGGAAGGCCCGGAAGUGGAGCAGCGCGAAGUGCCAACGGUCAACCGGACUGAAGAGUUCAACAGACAGCUUAGAGAACAACCAUCAGAUACAAAGCUUUGGAUAAAGUACAUACACUAUCAGGAUGAGAUCAGUGAGGCACUUUUUGGUGACAACGAGGAGCAACAGGGCAAAGAUGGAUCUGAACGCCGCAAGUCAUCUUAUCGAGCAGUCCUUGAGAAGAAGUUAAGCAUAGCUGAGCGAGCUGUGGCCACUAACCCGGGCAGCAUAUCUCUACAGAGGGAACGACUCAAGAUCUGUCAGGAGCUCUACGAGCCCUCGGCUCUGGCUAAGGAGUGGAAAAAACUGGUUUUCCUUCACCCAAACAGUGGCACCCUGUUGAAGGAGUAUCUGCUCUUCACGCAGAGCUACUUUAGUAACUUCACAGUAUCAAAAGUAAACUCUGCCUAUGGGAAGUGUCUCAGCAUGCUGAGUGCUGUCAGAGAUGGCAGCAUGGUCUCUCACCCAGCUUUGCCAGGAACUGAUGAGGACAUACUGGAUAUCUUCACCCAGCAGUGUCACUUCCUGAGACAAUGUGGUCACAUGGAGAAAGCCAUUUCACUCUUUCAGGCCAUGAUGGACUUCACCUUCUUCAAACCAGACAGUGUGAAAGACCUGAAGACCAAGCAGCAGAUCGAAUUCUUUGAGCCGUUCUGGGACAGCGGGGAGGAAAGAGUUGGCGAGUUUGGUGCCAAAGGAUGGAAAACCUGGAUGCAUCAACAAGAGCGAGGAGGCUGGAUCCAACCCAGUGCUGAGGAUGAAGAGGAAGAGGAAGAGGAGGAGGAGGAGGAGGAGGAGAUAAAGGACCGGAGUCUACCUAGGUGGAAAGUUUGGCUGGACUUGGAGUCGUCUCGUGAAGCAUCUCAGUGGUUACCAUGGAGACCUGAUAAAGCAAAGGGCCAUUCAGAAGAGGACUGUGAGGAUCCAGACAGACAGGUGUUGUUUGAUGACAUUGGACCAUCCUUAAUUUGCCUGUCUUCCCCGGAGCUUCAGCUCAGAUUCCUGCAGCAUUUUCUGUCUUUCCUGGGCCUUCCUGUGGACCCUGCAGUCUGUGCCCAACUCAGCCGAACUGGACUGCUGCUGGAAGAUCUCUCGCUGUUUACCCAAGGUAGUGACCCAAAGUGCCCCCUGACCUACCUCCACAAUCAAGUUCCUGUGCUCAACUCUGUGGGUCACAUGACUACCUUGCAAGGAACAAGAAAGUUUGUUGGGCUCGGCAGACAGGGCGAGCGCUUUCUCUCCAAUGUUGUCAACAUGAUCCAGCCUGUCCUGUCUGCCCAACAACAAGCAGUCCUGUCCCUCAGCUUGAUGCAGUAUGAAAAACAGAAGGUGCUGCGCUGCCUGACCAGCAACAAAAGAUUCAUGCGCUCUCAGGGCAAGCGCAGCAAGCGCGUGGCCAAGCGCUUGCUGAAAGAACCUGCCAAUCGCUCGUCUCUGACCUUGUGGCAGGAGUACGGACACCUAGAGUGGAUCCUGGGCAACAAGGACGAGGCCAGGAAAGUGUUCUCCGCAGCAAGUGAAAUUGCGGGAAACAAAGGACUGAAAGUACCUGACCUGUUAGAGUUGUGUCUGCUGUGGGCUCAGCUGGAAGUGGAAGAUGCAGGAAGUGGACAAGUUGAUUUGGCAUUGUCUCCAGCUGUUUGCAUAUUAGCAAAGGUAACAGAGGGUGCAUCACCCUCUCCAUCACCACUCUCUCCUGUCUCGAUCCUGAAAGCGAGGAAGUUGUAUGAACAAACCUUGAAUGCCAGCUUAUCUGCACUUGACAGCGAUCCAGGAGCUGGUAACAAAGAUCAGAUGGGCAUGCAAGGAAAGCCCCCCCGGCUGAGAGGGCUGGUCGGUUGUUACGCUCUCUUCCAGUACCUGACGGUGGGCAUACAGGCGGCCAACAGCAUCUACACCCAGGCGAGGGAGAGGAUGGAGCGGCAGUGUAGCCUGUUGACUGGUGCUAGUAGUUCUGUGUCAGGGGACCAUCUAAUGAAUAGACACUACAUAAGAAGUUUUGAGUCUGAGUGUGAGCACUUAGCAGUGGAGCAAGCAUCCCUGCUACAGCACCACAACACUGUCAGCGUUUUUCCUCUGGCCACACUGAGGGAGACGCUAACCUUGUCUUUGUCAUCAUGGUCCAACAACGCCCCCCUCUGGAGCAUGUAUUUGCAGUUGGAAAACCGGUACCAUAGUGCUGGCAGGGCGCGUCGUUUCUUUCACUCCGUCACCCAGGGCAACAGCCGUGUUGUUCCACGACUCUUUGCAAUUGUUGCGGAACAACAGAGGAAGCAGUUGGUGGAUGCUUGCCAAAGGUCAUGCCGAAUCGAUGCCCCCUUGACUGUCAUUCCUGAAAAUGGUCUCAGCAACCGCAUCCGAGGACUGUUUGAAAGCGCGGUGGCCACAGACGUUGGUGCUCAUUGUCCCCUGGUUUGGAGGAUGUACAUGUAUUUCCUGGUGUCUGAAGGGAAGGUGGAAAAAGCGAGAGGCCUCUUUUAUAAGGCCUUGCAGAACAUUCCAUGGGCCAAGGGUUUGUACAUGGACGCUGCACUGCUGUUCCCUGAACAUCUGCAAGAGUUUGUAGAUCUCAUGACGGAGAAGGAAAUUCGACUGCGGCUGCCUUUGGAGGAAUUAGAUAUUCUUCUGGAAGACUGAGGAGAUUGAUGGCUUCUGAACUGAAAUCACGUUUUUGUACUACACAAUUUAUGACUGUAAAGUAAAAACAUUUUUGAGCGUUGGAUGGAUUUUCAGUCUCUUGGAAUAAAGAAAAAAGU